AUUAUUUAAUCAUAUUUAAUCACAAUAAAUAAUUAUUGUAUCGAUAUAUAGCCGCAUUUGCCGUGGGACUUACGUGGGACUUGUUUUCUCCGUUGGACUUGUUUUAGUAUCACCCUGAUCAUCACCUUCCUUUUAGAAUCACCCGGAGACGCGUGCCAGGAUGUUUUAUAGGCCUAACGACGAAUACUUUUGUGAUGGCGCAUUUUGGGAUAACAAUCAAACCUGGUAUACAGAAGAUCCCGAUUUCACCAAUUGUUUUCAAAAAACUGUUCUGCUGUGGAUUCCCUGUGCAUACUUGAUUGUGUUUUCUCCAUUUAGAGUGUACAAACUGUCUAAAUGUCAUAAAACACCUUUGAAUUUUUCAAGGUUGAAUGGAAUUAAAUCAGCACUUGCAGGAUGGAUAGCUUUUCUUGCUGUUUUGGAAAUUGGAAGAAGUGUUUAUUUUUUGGGAACUGGUGUGAUAGUUCCAAUAGUAGACUUUGUAUCUCCACUGAUAUUGUCUCUGACAAUGGUCACUUGCAUUGUUUUGCUACAGUAUGAAAGAAGAAAAGGGGUUUAUACCUCAGGAUUUUUGCUCAUCUUCUGGCUUUUAUUAUCAGUUGCUGGAGUAAUGCUAUUUCAAUCUAAAGUCAGGACAGCUAUUAGAAUGGGAAUAGAUGACUUGAUGGCAUUUACAACAUUUAGCCUGUGUUUCCCUGCUGUUUUAUUGGGGUUUAUACUCUCUGCACUUGUUGAUGGAAGGCAAAUUGAAGAUUACAAUCAUGACAAGCACAGAAGUCCAGAAAUGAUGUCAUCUAUUUUAUCCAGGUUAACUUUCUGGUGGUUUACAAGAAUGGUUAUUAAAGGAUUUAAACAUUCCCUUGUAUUGGAUGAUUUGUGGUAUCUCAAUCAGAAGGAUUCAUGUGCUGCAGUUGUGCCGCAUUUAGAAAAGCAUUGGAAGAAAGAACUUGAAAGAAGGAAAAGUAAACAACGAAAAGUCCAUAUCUCAGAGUUGCCAUUAAAAGCGGAGGUAAUUGAAAUGGAGGCCUCUGAAGGGGAUAAAGGAGAGGUUAUAAUUGAAAGCUACAACCAUACAAAGACUCCAGGAAGGUUGUUCCGUGCAAUGGUUUCAGCAUAUUUACCAUCUGUUUUAUUUACUGCUCUUCUUAAGCUGAUUUAUGAUGUGAUGCAGUUCAUAAGUCCAUUACUUUUAAAGCUGUUGAUUCAAUUCAUUGAAGAUAAAACAGAAUACAGUUGGCGGGGAAUGUUCUAUUCUGUGCUGAUGUUUAUUUUGGCUAUGAUUCAGUCAUUGAUAUUGCAUCAAUAUUUCCAAGGUUGUCAGUUACUUGGAAUGAGAAUCCGCACAUCAGUAACCUGCCUUAUAUACAGAAAAAUGUUGAUACUUUCCAACACAGCCAAAAGAUUAUCAACAGUGGGGGAAAUUGUGAAUCUAAUGUCAGUGGAUGCUCAGAGAUUCAUGGACCUUAUGACAUAUGUUCAUACAGUUUGGUCAGGUCCAUUGCAAAUUAUUGUAGCAUUGUAUUUUUUAUACAUGGAACUUGGUCCAAGUAUAUUUGCUGGAUUUGGAGUAAUGAUAGUUUUAAUACCAAUCAAUGCUUUGAUAGCAAAAAAGACAAGGGAUUUGCAGGUAAAACAAAUGAAUUUGAAAGAUAAAAGAAUAAAAAUGAUGAAUGAAGUACUAAAUGGGAUUAAGGUUUUAAAACUUUAUGCUUGGGAACCAUCAUUUGAAGAACAAAUUCUGGAUAUUAGAAAAAAAGAACUUAAAGUACUGAGAACAAUGGCUUUCCUAAAUGCCUUUGUCUCAUUUACUUGGACAACAGCACCAUUCUUAGUUUCAUUGGUUACAUUUGCUGUAUUUCUUUUGUCAAACACUAGAAAUAUUUUGGAUGCAGAGAAAGCAUUUGUUUCCUUAUCACUAUUUAAUAUACUGCGGUUCCCAAUGUCUAUGCUUCCACAAGUUAUUUCUAACAUUGUACAGACCUCGGUAUCUCUGAAUCGUCUGCAGAAGUUUUUGAACAGUUGGGAACUGGAUGAAGGUGCAGUAAUUAAAGAAGAAAAUGGCAAGUAUGCGGUAAUGAUUGAAAAUGGCACAUUCAGUUGGGAAAAAAGCUGUGAGUCUUCAAUUACAUUAAAGAGAAUCAAUAUAUGUAUCCCUGAAGGCAGCCUAGCUGCAGUUGUGGGACCUGUUGGCUCUGGUAAAUCUUCAUUCCUGUCAGCAUUAUUAGGAGAAAUGGAAAAAAUUCAUGGAAAAGUUGCUGUCAAGGGCUCUCUGGCAUAUGUUCCCCAGCAAGCAUGGAUUCAAAAUUUAACUCUCAGAGAAAAUAUUCUUUUUGGAAAAAACUUUUCUGAGCAAGAAUAUUCCAAAGUAUUACAAAGUUGUGCAUUGCAGUCCGACUUAGAAGUUUUGCCAGCUGGAGACCUGACUGAAAUUGGUGAAAAGGGCAUAAAUCUUAGUGGUGGUCAAAAACAAAGAGUCAGCCUGGCUCGAGCAGUUUAUCAGAAUGCUGAUGUAUAUCUGUUAGAUGACCCACUUAGUGCUGUUGAUGCCAAUGUGGGCAAACACAUCUUUGAAAAAGUUGUAGGACCAAAUGGAAUUCUCAACCACAAGACACGCAUUCUUGUGACACAUGGAUUAACUUGUCUUCCUCAAGUAGAUGUUAUAAUUGUUUUAAAAGAAGGAGAGAUUGUCGAAGUUGGGUCUUUUGAAGAACUAAUAGGUCAUGCUGGGUCUUUUGCGGAAUACAUGAAAACCUAUCUAUCAGAAAAACUUCAAAAUGAUAAAAUAGGAACUUUGAAAGAUGAUAAGUUGAGUGAAGACAUGGUAUCUAUUUUUGGGUCAGUAUUGAAUGAAGAAGAGAGGACACUUCUAGAAAGACAGUUAUCAGAAAGCGUAGAUAAGUCUGUGCAUACUGGAGAAGUAUUAACGGUCCCAGAGUUUAAAAAUUCCAACUCAGAUGAUUCACAGUGCUUACCGGAAUUGGAAGAUAUUCAGAAAACAUCAUAUAUUGUUGGCCAUGAGACAGACAAACUUGUUGAGAAAAUUACACAGCCAGAACAAGGAUUGAAGCUUAUAUUGGAUGAAAAGGUUGAGCAUGGCAUGGUGAAGUUUGCAGUGUUUUGGACAUACUUGAAGUCAGUAGGAGUUGUUUUGAGCAUGAUGACUGUAAUUCUUUUUGUGUUCUUCAAUGGUAUCAGCAUUUAUUCCCAUAUUUGGCUCAGUGAGUGGAGUAGUGAUCUACCAAUAUAUAGAAAUGGAACCAAUGGCACAAUUUUCAAAGAAGUAGACAUACCCCAAAGAAAUAUGCGAUUGUUGGUUUAUGGUGCAUUAGGACUUUUGCAAGGUGUCCUAGCAGCUGUCGUGGCUUUGUCAGUGGCAUUUGGUGGUAUAAUGGCUUCAGACACUUUAUUUGUUGGAUUGUUGACGAAUCUUGUACAUUUACCAAUGCAAGUUUACCAACAGCACUCUAUGGGACAGUUUAUAAAUCGCUACUCAUCUGAUAUAGCAGAAAUUGACUUUGUGAUGCCCUACUCUGUUAGAUCGAUGGCAAACAUCAUACUUCAACUUUUAUCAGUUGUUGUAAUAAUUGUGUAUGCAGCACCAGUAUUGGCAAUUAUUGUCCCUGUGUUGGCCAUAUUGUACUAUGCCAUUGAGAGAUUUUAUGUUGCAACAUCAAGACAACUAAAGAGAUUAGAAUCAACUCUCAGAUCACCAAUAUAUUCCCACUUUGGAGAGUCAAUAAAUGGAGUGGCAACCAUUAGGGCCUUUGGACAACAAAACGUAUUCAUACAAAGUUCUGAAAAUAAAGUAGAUGAAAACAAUAGAUGUUAUUACCCUUCCAUUGUUGCAAACAGAUGGCUGGCAGUUCGUCUAGAAUUUGUCGGCAAUAGCGUUGUCUUCUUCGCUUGUUUAUUUGCUGUUUUUGGAAGAGCUACGUUGACAGGUGGAACAGUUGGAUUAUCAGUGACAUAUGCUUUGAAUGUCACACAGACACUCAACUGGCUUGUCAGAAUGACCACGGAACUAGAGACUAAUAUUAUUGCUGUCGAAAGAGUUAAAGAAUAUUCAGAGAUUCCAAGAGAGGCACCUUUAAUAAUAGCAGAGACCACACCAGAAAAAACAUGGCCUCAAAAAGGAGAAAUUGUUUUCAGUAACUAUUGUGUAAGGUACAGAAAUGGUUUGGAUUUGGUUUUGAAAGAUAUCACUUGCAGAAUUCAACCCUCUGAAAAGAUUGGUAUUGUUGGAAGAACUGGAGCUGGAAAAUCUUCAUUACUGCUUGGAUUAUUCAGAAUAAUAGAGAGUGCAAGUGGCAACAUUUAUAUUGAUGGGGUAGACAUAUCCAAAUUGGGACUACAUCAUUUGAGGUCCAAACUCACUAUUAUACCCCAGGAACCUGUUCUUUUCUCUGGAACCUUAAGAAUGAAUUUGGAUCCUUUUGAUGUUCAUUUAGACACCACUAUUUGGAGAGCGCUCGAGCAUGCACAUCUGAAGUCAUUUGUUGAAUCUUUGCCAAAAAAAUUAUAUCACAACUGUACUGAGGGUGGAGAAAAUCUGAGUGUUGGUCAAAGACAACUUAUAUGUUUGGCAAGAGCACUUUUGAGGAAAACCCAAAUUCUUAUACUUGAUGAAGCAACAGCAGCAGUUGAUAUGGAAACAGACAAAUUGAUUCAAGAAACAAUCUGGCAAGAAUUCGAAUCGUGCACAAUUCUUACCAUUGCACAUCGUUUAAACACAGUCUUGAACAGUAACAGCUCACCGAGACGAAGUCAAGGAGAGCUUAUGCUAUACCCUCGGCGUCGGCGUCGGCGGUGGCGUCGGCGUCGGCGUCCGGACCUGGUUAAAGUUUUUGUUGCAGGUCCUGUAUCUAAGCUAUUACUUGUCCUAUCUUCACCAAACUUGCAUGGGUGAUGCAUCUGGACCUACUUAUGGACUUGAAAGACUUGGAUGCUGAAUCUGGGUCCUAAAUUUCAGAUGCUGGAGGAGGUUAAGGUUGUUGGACCAGGUUAAAGUUUUUGUUGCAGGUGCCCUUUUAUAGCAAUAUCUUAGUUACUGUUGGUCCGUACAUCACCAAACUUGCAUGGAUGGUGUGCCUUAUGAUACUGAUGCACCAGACAGGCUUGAGUGCUGAAUCUGAGCUAUUGGUUUCGGAUGCUGGAGGAGGUUAAGGUUUUUGGAGCAGGUUAAAGUUUUUGUUGUGGGUGCCCAUUGAUAGCAAUAUCUAAGUUACUACUGGUCCUAACUUCACCAAACUUGUAUGGAUGAUGCAUCUUAUGAUACUGAUGCACCUGACAAGCUUGAAUGCUGAAUCUGAGCAAUAGGUUUCGAAUGCUGGAAGAGGUUAAGGUUUUUAGAGCUGGUUAAAGUUUUUGUUGCAGGUGCCCUCUGAUGAUUAUAUCUUAGUUACUACUGGUCCUUACUUCACCAAACUUGUAUGGAUGGUGCGUCUUAUGAUACUGAUGCACCUGACAAGCUUGAAUGCUGAAUCUGAGCAAUAGGUUUCGGAUGCUGGAGGAGGUUAAGGUUUUAAGAGCUGGUUAAAUAAAGUUUUUGAAACAGGUGCCCUCUGAUGAUGAUAUCUUAGUUAUUACUUGUCCUUACUUCACCAGACUUCCAUGGAUGGUGUGUCUUAUGAUACUGAUGCACCUGACAGGCUUGAAUGCUGAGUCUGGUUUCGGAUGCUGGAUAAAGUUAAGUUUUUAGGAACAUGUCACAUGUUUAAUAGAUGAUAGUACUAUAUCAAACUUGCAUAGUUGAUUUAACUGUAAUAUGAAUGAAUCGCAGAGGUAGCUUCAGAUGCAGAGCUUGAUCUCCAUUAUCAAGGAUGCUUAAAAAAUAAAUCUUAGUUAUUACAGGUCCUAACUUCACCAAACUUGAAUGGAUGGUGUGUCUUAUGAUACAGAUGCACCUGACAGGCAUGGAUGCUGAAUCUGAGCCAUAGGUUGCGGAUGCUGGAGGAAGUUAAGGUUUUAAUUGCUAGUGCCCUCUGAUGAUGAUAUCUUAGUUAUUACUGGUCCAAGCUUCACCAAACUUGCAUGGAUGAUGCGUGUUAUGAUACCAAUGCACCUGAUGGGCUUGAAUGCUGAAUCUGAGCCAUAGGUUUCGGAUGCUGGAUGAGGUUUAGUUUUUUGGAACAGGUCACAUGUUUUAUAGAUGAUAGCUUGCAUAGUUGAUUUAACUUUAUUAUAAAUUAAAUGCAGAGGUUGCUUUAUAUGCAGAGCCUGAUCUCCAUUAUCAAGGAUGCUAAAGAAAUCUCCUACCUCACUCAAACCAGCUCGAUAGAUAGAUGUGUUUGUUGAUAAAUGAUAUAACAUGAUUCCUAUGAUAUAGAAUUGUAUGAUAUGAAACAAUAUUGUUUGAUAUGAUACAAUAUGAUAUCAUAUGUUAUAUUAUAAAAAGUUAUACCAUACGAUAUGAUAUUGUAUCAAUUUUUUGGAUAUUUUAUGAUAUGAUAUUGUAUCAUGAUACUGUUAU